UGCGGGUUGGUCAGUGUCGCGGGAGAAGUGAGAGAGUGAUGUGUUGACGUUACUAUUCUCUCCGUUUCUCUCCCUCUCUCUCACUCUCUCUACCUCGCAUCCUCCGGCUCUGUCUCUCGCUCUCUCUCUCUAUAGUGUUGUUUUGUUAUAUAGAGUGUAAAGUAAGAGAUUAAAGAUACUCAAGAUGGAGGAUACAACGUCGACACCCUUGGAGGCCGAUAACGCUAUUGAAAACGAGGGGCCAAUUUACUCCUGCGAACGGGGUUACUUUCCCACAGAGCCGGAGUACCAUGAGGCCCUGGGCAUGUACUGGACGGGGAUCACGGCGGUGGCCGCCCUCAUCACGGCGGUGCUCGUCCUCUUCUACAUAGAGCACAUCGUUUUCAGCUUCAGGAACACACACUCAGCCUACAGGCGCCACAUCAACUGGAUAGCAUGCUUCUACCCGAUCGGUGCUCUCAUGUCCCUGCUGGCGCUGAUCGUUCCCCGGGCAUACAGCAUCUGCAUGGCCGUCAAGAUCGUGUUCUUCUCCUUGGGCAUCAGCCACUUCACGGACCUCACGGUGACAAUGUUCGGCUGCGAGAAGGCGAUGCUGGCCAAGCUGAAGGACGCCUACUUCACCGUCUGCCCCGGCUUCUGCAGGACCCCGACCCCUCACGUGACCAAGAUCCGGCUUCGGGGCCUCAAGUGGAUGCUGUGGCAGCUUCCCUACACGCAGACAAUCUACUUCUUCUUCGAGAUCUACUGGACCAGGGCGGAGAGCGACUCGAGGGGCCUGGUUAAUUUGAGCUAUUCCUACCUCGUCCUGGAUGUGUUCAACGCCCUCUCCUUCCUCACCGCCACCUACGCCUUCUUCAUUCUCUUCAAGCUCGUGGGUGACCAGCUGCGCCCCUUCAAUUAUAAGCGCAAGGCCUCCACCCUCCUCACUCUCCUCAUCGUCCUCAAGGUCCCCGGGCUCAUCAUCAACAUUGUAGGGAACUAUGAUUUCUUCCCGUGUAUCCCGCCCUACAUUAGCUCCAUGAUGUACGGCCACACCGUGGUCAGCCUACUCCACCUCUGCCUGGUUCCCCUCUUCGGCGGGCUGGAGUACUGGCAAUACCACACGAGGGAGUUCCUUCAGCCGACCUCCGACAAGCACCACUCCCACUCCCACGAGCUCAUCAUCCACGGGGAAGCCUGCGUCUGCAUCAUCUCCGAACUCAACAGCAUCAGCGCCCACAAGACCCCAAGAAGGAUGAGCGCCACCAUGCCCAUCGUCCUCGAGAACAAGAUGGCCCUCGACCCCCAGUUCUCCCCCGACGAAGGCCAGAACAACAAUGAUGGAGUCACCGGUGGGACCACUAAUCCCGCUUUUAUAGAAAAUGGGAGUUAAUGCUUUGUUUAUGCGCCAAUAGAGGUUGCUAAAAGGUAGUUUUCGCCUUUUUACUUUUAGCCGUUUCUUUCAUGGUCUGGGGGCUGCAAGGUUGGCUCAGUGGUCGGGAAGUGCUGUCCUGGCCAGGCAGUGUGUGUAUAUAGUAUGUAUUCUUGCUAUAAGAGAGUGUGGUUGUCCGUGGAAGGAAUGGGUCAUGCCUUUUUCUCCUUUUUCUGUAAUUUUUUCGCCACUUUUUCGACUUCUAAAGUGACAGGCACACACACAGGCACACACACAGGUAACUCGCGUACAAAAGGCGGAAUCCCUGUGGUAAUGAUGCCUGUCUGUGCGAGGAUGUCACGUGUCGGCGUGUGUUCUUUCCCUUCGUGUCUCUCGUUACUCUCCCAGUGUUUGGGCGUUUCCUCGUUAGCUCGGAGGCACGCAGAUAUUACGCUCAAACCCGCAUGUCUUAAUCUAUACAGGAAAUGUAUGUAUAUAAGUCCGUAUUUUACCAUUAAAAAUGUACUGUGUAUAAACGUGGAUAGCAUUCCGGUAUUCUUUUUUUUUUUCAUUUCUUCGGUAAUGCCAAAUGACUGACAGAUGAAAGAAGAUUAUGAAGCAAUAUGUAUACAUGAUUUACAUACAUAAAUAUUUACGUACGUAUUAGAUUAUAUAUUGAUUCAUUUACGAUCGUAAAUAUCAUUAAUUUGUUUCAACAUCAACAAUAAAGAUUGAUUGAGCUAUGCAAAUGAAUUGAUGUGUAUAUAUAUA